AUGGAGGUGGAAGGCGCCCCGUCGAAUGCUUCGAAUGCUUCGUCGCCUUCUGCCACUUCGUCCUCGCAUCGAGGUUCCCCCUCGCUGAUACCGCCCACUACCGAACGAACGAACUCCCACGAAGCUGCUGCGGGCACAGAUGGCUCAAAGUCAGCACAGGAUAGCGGCCCUGCGACCGCGGGUGCUGAUGCAGCUGCUGAUGCUGCACCGAGCGAUCCUCUCGCCGACCUCAAGCGUCCUCGAGCGUGCGAAGCGUGUCGACAGCUAAAAGUGCGCUGUGAUCCUGACCACGACCAUCCAGACGGCUCCUGCAAACGCUGUGUCAAGGCGAAUAGGCGUUGUAUUGUCACCAUGCCUACUCGAAAAAGGCAGAAGAAAGGAGACAGUCGAGUUGCGGAACUGGAGAAGAAAAUUGACGCCUUGACGGCUAGCCUACAGGCGUCAAGAGCGAAGAGUUAUUCGUCUGAUCUAAAUGAUUCUGGGCCACAACAAAAUGCUGAAAGGAGCUGGUCUGGGUCCAGCCGCUGGUCUUCUCAACGGCGGGUAUCAGGUAGUGCAAGCCUGCCCGGAGCUGCUGGGAUAGCGGGAAGCAAGAGGUCUUCCAAUGGAGAAUUCAGGUCGAUGCCGGGGAUGAGACCUCCAGCUAUCCUUCCACAACCCAAGAGCCCUUCGAACCAUGUAUCUUUCAUCCAUACCUGGUUGCAUGGUGAAAAACCCAAUAGGCAGGAAAACAGCUGGCCAGCAUUCGUACCGGAUUCAUCACCAGCCGGACGCCCAGAUCAUGAGUAUGCGGAUGCCAUAGACCGCGGCAUUAUCGACCAGGAAACAGCGGCAAAGGCCUUCACACAUUAUGUCGAGAAUAUGGCACCGUUGCUGCCGGCGGUAGUGUUCCCACCAAACACAAAGAUGGGCGAUGUGCGGCGAGAAACACCCGUACUAUUUCUAUCCAUCCUCUCUGUAUCGAUUGGAUUCUGUGCCCCGAGCCUGGAACCGACUCUGACGAGUGAGAUGCAUAAAAUAUUUGCUGACCGCAUUGUUAUCCGCGGUGAAAAGUCGUUAGAAUUGAUGCAGGCCCUAGUGAUUGCAGCCCUGUGGUACAUGCCACCGGAGCAUUAUGAAGAGCUCAAGUUCUAUCUACUUAUUCACCUGGCGGCCAUUAUGGGUACAGAUAUGGGCAUGAACCGCCGGACAAAACCACAAACUCAAUCAUUAGAGAUCGUAAAGGAAUUGAUGAGUAGGAAAGCCGUAUUUAUUGAUCCACAAUCACUUGACGGUCGAAGAGCGUGGAUGGGCUGCUAUGUUUUAGCUGUCAAUGCCGCCAUGGGUCUUCGACGGCCUCUUCUCACCCGCUGGAACACUUACAUGGAUGAAUCAGUCAAGAUGCUGUUGGAGUCGCCCGACGCCUAUCCUAGUGACCGGGCACUUGUCGAAUGGGUCAAAUUAGGCCACAUCGGCGAAGAGAUCGGCUUCCAGUUCUCUAUGGAUGACCCUUUGACAAACAUUUCUAUAGACGAGCCGAGAGUCCAGUUUGCCCUUAAAGGCUUUGAGACGCGCCUGGAUGACUGGCGCAAGGAAGUGCCCUCUGAAAUAUACAGCCCUGUGAUGGAACACUAUGAGCACGUUCUAAGCAUCUAUAUGCAUGAGAUCGGCAUGCACAUUGACCACAACAUUGAUGACUUCAAACCGCCAUUCCUCCCUGGCCUUACCAGAGAAUCACAGGCCAACCUUGGGACAGCUGCACAUGUGAAUGCACUUACAGCAUGUCUUACCUCCAUUCACCGGGUCCUCGAGCUGUUCUGCGCCAUGGAUCGAUCGCUGAUCCCUUGCCUACCUACUAUACAUUUCGUUCGCACAUCUUAUGCAUGCGUUGCUCUAAUCAAGCUGUACUCUGUUGCCUCAUCACCCGGCACUAGGCUCGCUAACGUCUUCGGCACCGCUGAUUUCAAAGUCGAGUCCUCGCUUAAUAAUAUAAUCAAUCAUCUCCAUACAUGCAACGAAGGAAAUCAAAGUCGAGUUGGUCUCAGAUUCUCGCUUAUAAUUGGCAUGCUCAAGGCCUGGUAUGCGAAACGCAAGGAUAAGAAAGCUGAGCUGGUUUUGUCGCCGUUUUUCAAGUCACGGAUGUCAAAACCCGAGAAGCCAACAUCUACUGCCACUGUUGCUAAUGCCGACGAUAAUGAUACGAAUAAUAAGUCGGCUUCUUUAAGAAAUUCAAGCACUUCCGAUACCCUCGGCGAGGCCGCUGUGCAAUAUCCAUCGGGUACCGCAACAACCAAACAGAAGGACCAGCAGGCUCCCAACACGGCCGCCCGCAGUACUAUACCCCAGCCCUGUGACACUACUACGCCCGGUCAAGCCAUUGUGACGAGCCCCGAUGAAAUUACUGUCACAUCUGCGGCUACGAUUCGUACAUACGGCUCGAGUGACCUUUCGCAGCCAGCACCUAGUUCAGGCGAUUGGCCGCCAUUCGUCAGUCAGAACCAAAUGUCGGCCAAUCCUUACACUACGACGCUAGCCUGCGAGCCCUCGGUGCAGCAGCAGUACAUGAAUCCAACAUUCGGGCCAAAUGGAAACUUUGUUUCACAAACUGGAUUCAAUAAUGUACCUGCCACAAGCAUGGACCAGCAAAUGAUGACCUGGGGACAUGGUACAAUCCCCGAUGCAGAUCUAUCCGCGGUCAUGGCCUUUCAUCCCAGCCUGUGGGACGAAGAGCUCUUCCAGCUCUCGCUUGAGGGCUUCGAAGGCGUCUUCUAG